ACCUUACUGAGUGGAAAAACAGUAACAUAUUAUCACAAAAAGUACCAUUAGCACUAAGACAAAAUACUUCUGAAAUAGAACAAUUAACAAGUUUUUUAAUAGCAUAUAAAGUUGAAGUAAACCAAUCGAGAGUACAACUUUACCCUGCGCAAAUUCAGUUUGAUCAAACUACAGAAGCAUUAUUCAAAACUGUUGAAUUAGAUUCACAAACUAAAGAAGUAGUAAUUGAGAAACUAAGAGUAACUAUACAAGCUAUUCAAGCA